GUUGUUUGGAGACGUAGUACUAUAUCAAACCGUGAUUGGUCAGAUCCUGCUUUUUUACGUGUUCGUAUUUUUGUUCCUGUGUCAAAAACCGCUAGCUUGCUAAAUACUGAGGCGUAUUAGCCAUCAGUGAUUAAAAACGCUAUCAUUACAACAGACACACAUUUUUUAAUUUUAUAUUUAACUGUUUAAUGGACAUUGCUGAGCUCGAUAGUAAACUUCUCACGUCGAGAAACUAGCAAGGCCAAUAGUGAAGUUAGCGUUAGCCAUUUAGCUAGCUGUUUUUCUAGUUGAGCUAGCCGCAUCGAGUUUGGCGUUUUUAAAAGAAACAAGGCUUUUAUGUGCAUUAAUUUAACGGGUUGUCAUUAAUUGGCGUUAUGUAGGGCCCUGUCACUGUCCUGGAGCGGUACUAGCUAUAGUGUAACUUAAUAUACAGCUAGCUAACGUUAGCAUCCAACCCCACCGGCCGGUGAGCCUCGGAACAAGCUGCUGUUUGGAGUGGAUUCAGCUUCACUGUUCUCAUUACAGGCGAUAUGAACUCGAACGUGGAGAACUUGCCUCCCCAAGUUUUGAGACUGGUGUAUAAAGAAGUGUCUGCACUGGCAGCAGACCCUCCAGAAGGAAUCAAAAUUUACCCCAGUGAGGAAGACAUCACAGAACUUCACACUGCCAUUGAAGGGCCAGAAGGGACUCCAUAUGCAGGAGGAGUGUUCAGAAUGCGUUUAGUCUUGGGGAAGGAUUUUCCUGCUGUACCACCCCGGGGCUAUUUCCUGACCAAGAUUUUUCAUCCAAAUGUUGGACACAAGGGUGAAAUCUGUGUCAAUGUACUGAAGAGAGACUGGAAGGCAGAACUUGGCCUCAGGCAUGUAUUACUGACCAUUAAAUGCUUACUGAUCCAUCCAAAUCCAGAGUCAGCUCUCAAUGAAGAGGCCGGAAGGUUACUAUUGGAGGACUAUGCAGAAUAUGCCUCACGUGCCCACCUACUGACCGAGAUCCAUGCUAUGGGAGGAAGCUCAGGAGCUCCAGAGCCGGGUGAUGGACCACAGCCCAAGAAACACGCAGGAGAUCCAAGCAAACGUGCAAUUACAGCUGGUGCUGCAAAUACAGUUGCUACAGCCAAUGGCACAAAUAGUAGCAGUGCCAGUGGCACAAACAGUAGCAAUAAUGCUGGAGUUGCUAAAAAGAAAACUGACAAAAAACGAGCUUUGAGGCGACUAUAAUAGUGAAUAAUCCUUUGUUUCUUUCUUUUCUUUUCUUUUUUUUUUUUUUUUUUGUCAGUAUAAAUAUUGAAUUGAGACCAUAUUUUCCUCCUUUUUAUGAUUUCUGUUCUAGAAAAUAACCUCUCCUUUUUUUAUUGAUUUGUCAUUAGCAUUCUACAUGAAUUCUUUUCAUAACGGUUUGUUCUAUUUAAACUCUGCUCUCAGGUUUCUGACUUUCAUGAUGACAAUGUAGAUCACACAUGGAAAAGGAAAAGUUUUCAAUUUAAGCAUGUAUUUAUGUCCCCUGAAAAUCUCAUAUGUAACCUUUAUCACCAUGUCAGUAUUUUCCCCUUUCCACCCUUUACAGAGGUUAGUUAGAGAUAAUAUCUCGCUGGUAGUUAAACACCUGUCAAGACAGUAAGGCUAUUCUGUUUAAAAGCAACACCAGGGCUUUAAAAAGAAAAGCACCAGUUCAGCUAGAUAUCAGCCAACCUUUCUUAUUUGGCCAAUAAGAAUUUGAGGUAGAAGAGUGCCAGUAUGAAAUGCAUAGGGCACUUUCUAGAAAACCAGCAUCGCUCAUGCAUAAGAAUGUUGAGUGAACAAAAUUGCUGAUUUCACUGAUUGCUUUUGGUUAAGUGGAAAUGUCCUACCAGGGCUCUUUGUUUAAAUUUCAGUAGCACACAAUUGCAGGCAAACCAUCCUGCCAUGCUCAGUGGAUUUUAAUUAAACAUGAACAAUAAAUGAAUUAAAUCUCCAGUUGUUUCACAGACACACUUAGAGAGUGAGUAAGCUAAUGGUUUAUGAAGUGGUCUAAUGAGUUCCAUCCUGCUUCACUUGCAUAGCAUGCAAGAAAGUCCAGUGUCCCCCUGUCCAUAAGCUGAGUGAUUUUAAUAGAUUUAAAUUGAGUGAUUUAUGGGUGACUCCAUGGUUAAAUGCCAUUCCAGACUAAUCUAAUUGGUAAUAUUUAUAACAGACAGUAGACAUAAAGUGCAGCUUUGUCCCUUCACAAUAUUCUACAGUUGUGUAGUGUGUUAAUAGAGUAAGAAGUUUAAAAAUAAAUUAGGGAAAGCAUAGAAUGGGUUAAAAUGUGGUCUGAAUAUAUCUUUAAAAUGUGCUCAUGUCUUUUUCCAUGUUUUUAUGCUUUUAUGUUGUCUGUUCUACACAUUUUCCAGUUUAAACCAUGUAUGUGUUAACAGUUUUUGCUUCUGGCUUUUGUCAGAGAUCAUGUCCAUGAUCCAGAAGGGGCAGAUCAAGGUCUUACAAAUUAUUUUUUUAUAUCUAGAAUGAGACAGUCCCUUUGCAAUUUAAGAAGCAUUUGUGUUUCACAAUCAUUGUACACUUUUAUUUUUAAUCCUAAAAUGUGACUUGUUUUAAAAAUGAUCUAGCCGUAAUGCCCCUUAAACAUGUGUAAAUUAGAGCUGAAUUCCAACUGUGUUGCUCUUAGCGAGGGAAUGUCUCAUCUUGUCACUCUUGUUUCGGUGCAUUUACGUUCAGUGCACAUCCAGCAUUGUCCAUUUUGUCAACAUGGGGGACCUGCGGUUCCCAAGGAAGCUCUCUUUUAAUGGCUCUGGGCUCUGCUAAGACCAUGCAUACGGGUAACCUUUUACCAUUUUGUGAGGUUCUGUGUGGGCUUUGGGGCAGUGGUGUCCAUUUAAGUUAUUUAAAUUAAAAAUAAAGUAUCUUCUGUUACAUACCAGUUGUGUUGGACACUAUAUUCUGUUUUAUUUUCCUCUUAUUUUUUAAAUUGUGUUAUACCAGCCCCUGUUUAAUUUAAUUUUAUUUUUUUACCUGAAGGUGUUGAUUAAUUUUCUAUAACAGCACAGCUCUGACAAUAGCUCCAGCUGUAAUUUGAAUGAUAGGCUUAUAUUAAUGUGCUCAUUCAAAUAAAUUAUCGCUUAGUAACAAUUAAA